ACCCGCUCGGUCCGUCCCUCCCCCCGGGCGCGGCGCGGGACCGGGGAGGCCGCCCCGCUGGCGGCCGGGAAGUAGGCGGAGGAGGCGGCAGCGGCGGGGCCGCGGUUGCCGGCCGCAGCGCCGUGCAGAGGGGGGCGCCUCCUUCGGCCCGGCCCCCGCCGAGCCCCAGGGGGUACCCCGCCGGGACCUGCCGGAGCUGGGGCUCCGGGGCCGUUGACUCUCCCGGUCACGGGAAAGCGGGUCCCGAGCCCGCAGGUCAGCUGCGUCCCCGGCCUGCUGAGCGGGGGUUGCCGCCUGCAGCGGGGCCGGGAGAGGUGCCUGCGGGGCCCGCUCGCCUGACCGCCGCGGCCGGAACCCGGGAGCGGCGGUGCGCGGCCUGCGGGGCUGCCGAGCGCUCGGCGGAGGCGGCUGCCGGCGCUGCGCGUUACGGUGCUAACGCAGACAACCCGGCGCUCCUCCUGUUCAGGUGGUGCCUGCUCCUGCCAAACGCAGAAGCGAGAAAGUGUGGCUGCACCUGUCAGAUGUGAUGUUACAAUAAAGAUCUGCAGAAGGGCUGUUGAUGGCUGGUUUUUAAAAGUCACCAAAGUUACUUGUUUUACAAUUCACUUCCGCUUUUUUUAGUACACGUGGCCAUGAAAUGUCGUAUGUAUGAGGGAUGCGGCAGAUGCCCCCCGGUUUUGUGAUGCUGAAAUGUGGAAGUAUGUAUGUGGCCCGUGUAAAAUCCCCCUGUCAGCGUGAGUCAGAGCUGCGCGCCGAGCUCUCGUCUAUCAGACCUGAAACCUAGCUGCUGCUUCCAUAAAAGUACAAAUACAAUGUGCAGUCCUCAGGCUCCUUAGGUUUUGGAAGGAACCUGAGCCAAAGGGUUUUCAUUUGUUCUGUGUCUGCAGAGAUGGAUGCAUAGGAGUAGUGUUUGUGCAUAACUGGUGCUGAGGCCUGCUGGCUUGUGAAUCCGUUAUAACUUUAUAUUGGUAGUAAUGAAAUUAAGAACAUAUCCCAGGUUCUCAGUGAUCUGAUGUGGCUGGCACUGGCAAAAUAAGAAGGGAAGUGUUUGAAAGCAGCCUUAGAGAGUUUUGGAAAGACUGCAGUAAUGUCUGCAGUGUGGUGGAUUUGAAACAAUGUGAGAGUUGGCUUGUAUUUUGUCGAAAAGUCAUGCUUUAAUAAAAGACUUACCUAAGUCUAUGCCUGAACUGAAAUCAGUGUGAUACAUCUUAUCUUUCAUUGGCAGUCUUUUGCGUUUCAAUUCAUACUGCCUUGUGCUCAGUUCCUUUCUUUUUCUCCAGGUUAAGGGUAUCUCAUUGAAGCUUUUUAAUGUGUGUUGAAGUCUCAGUCAACAGUUUAGCCCUUAAAUGCCAUGUAGUUUAGACAUAGUCUUGAAUUUGCUUGUACUAAUUUAUUUGAACCCAUAAUAUGCCAUUGAAAAGUGUUUUUCAUAUCAUUCCAUAAUAAAAAGAGGAGGAUAACAUAAGAUAAAUGGACAGCUCCCUUGGGCCACAGUAGUUUCUGUGUGCAGUUUUUUGGUUUGGUUUGGUUUUUUUCACGGCCAUUUGACAAUGAAAAUACUGAGCUGCUUUUUUUUUUUUUUUUCCCUUUGUCUAACAUUUGUAACUAACUACAAAGAUUGUAGUUAGUUAUUUUUAGUACUAGUUUAAGUUAAUUUUUAAGUUAUUUUUAUGCAAAUACAUAUUUCAGGGAUGAGCGUGUAUUUUUUCUGCUUCAGUAGCUAGAAUUGGAUUUUUUCAAACUUAAAGUUUGUCAAAAACUUGUGUAUGUUUAAAAUACUUUUUUUUGCGAGGAUCUGAUAUGAUGUUCUCAGUGUUUAAAAAAGUACUCUUGGGUAAUGAUAACUGGAGGAUCAGAAGAAAACUAGCGCUAUGGUAUGGUUCAGAUAUUUUAACUUUGGGGCAGGCUGUUAAAGUAAUAGAUUGUGGGGUAACUGAAGUUUUGUACUUAAAAUGUUUUUCAAAGCAUUCAUGAAGGAAAUACUAGUUUCCUAUGUAUCCUCAACUUCUCAUUUGGGAGAAUAUCAGAACUAGCAAUGGCAGUGACACCAUAUGGUGAGGUAUUUCUGACUUUCUCACAUGAAACUUCAGAUAGAAGUAGUGAAUGUCGUGUUCUUGAUGUACAGGUUCAGUGGUGCUGCAUGAGAUGAAAGCAAUGUUCUUCAUCUGUGACUCGUGGUGUUUCAAGGAUUUUUAUGUGCAGAGGAAUUAAGAUGGAUGAAGUACUUUCUUUGCUAUAGCAACAGCAGGAUGCAUAAGCAAGUCUAAGGCCAGGAUUGUUGGUUUAGAGACAGUAUCAUGGUUAAUGCCAAGAAGAGGUCAUAUGCUGAGAUGAGCUUCAGAGCCGGACUUAUCCCAGCCCUGCUGAAAUAUCUCCAUCACAGCAAGUCACUGAAGAAGCGGGGAGGAACGUUGUCGUAACUAUUAAAGGUCAUAAUGCAGAAUCCUUUAACUUUUUCUGCAGAUAAACACAAAUCCCCUUCGGAUAUAAUACGAAGUUUGCAGAAGAAAAGUCAGUUUAGGACCAUUGCUCCAAAAAUGGUACCAAAAAUUUUAACAUCUUCGGUGGUUUCUUGUCUUCAGUCAUCUUUGCCUGAUCAAAAAGCACCAAUUUCAGCUGCAGGUUCUAAACCACUGGUGGUACCAACUCAAAACUAUGCUGUUAUGCAGGUGGCUGGUCAUGAGGGGACUUUCUCCCUGUUGGCCUUGCCAUAUGUUGCCCCUGCCCUAACGCAGCAAGUCCAGCAGUCAAAUGUGGACCCUUCUAAAAACCUAAAGCUGCCUAUCCCUAGGUACCAAUCUGUAAGAAAUAAAAUGCUGAGUGACAAAAAACCGGCGCAGAUCUCUGGUUUGGGUGCACAUAACAAGGUUCCUACCAAGGCAUCGGUCUCAUCACAGGCUUCCCUCAUGACUACUUUAACUAAAGACUGUCCUGAAACUCAUUCUAGUUCAGAUUCAACUGAGCAAGCAAUGCUAACAGACCGUGACUCAGCUAAAAUUACUGUUGCCACAGUAGUAAAUAAAAGCAAUUGUGUGGAAUCUGGAUCUCUUUUAGAGAACAAACCUGAAACUGCUAACAGUAGUGUUUCUGGACCAUCUGUAGUUAAAGACUCUUUAUCCAAGCUGGCAAGUACAAUUAAUCCCAAGAAAACAAGUCUACGCUCUGUGAAGACAGCAUCUGAAAUCGCAAGAGAGUCAUUCAUAACAUCUGAGAAAUUAAAGGAAAAACCCACAAAUUCUGCAAAUUCUGUUGCUGUCCUGUCACCAGCAGUUUUUGGCAGUACAAUACAGAUGACUCCAUCAGCACCAAAAGGAAAACUUCCUAUUUUGCCUUACUCAAGGAUAAAAAAUUCAGUGUUCUGUAAAUCUAAGGAGAAUACUAAUGUUACAGACGCAUCUGGUCCUUCACCAAGAUCUGAAUGUGAAAAGACAUCAGCUUUGCUGAAAACCUUUCAUAUUCCUACUAAAGCAUCUGAUAAGCGGUUAGCUGUGUCAUUUACACAAGUCCCCAAACAAACCAUUCGAGAAAAUACCUUCUCUCCAUCCAAUAAAGUGGAUGUUGACAGUCUCAAAAAAAUGAACAGUGCAGCCUCUAAAAGAAGAGGCAGGAAAAGAAGAGCCGCAGAUGAUUUAUUGGCUUUUCAGACCAAGCGAAGGAAAUGCAUCAUUAAUAAGUUUAGAGAAGGAAGAGAGAGGGUGAAAGUUGAUCUUCAGUCAUCUGAUGGCAAAAAAGCAGAGGCAGUGAAAAAAUACCGUAGUAUUAGACCAAAACCAGUGUUACUUGUGCAGGCUUUUGCACCUCUGACUUCUGCAGCAACAGUAGAGACACCAUCUCCUAACCGCUUAGACCAAGAUACUUUUUUAAAUAGUUCACUUCCCAAAAAACAUUUAAGUUACAAACAUAGUGAUGCUACAUCAGCUAAAUCAAGUGAUUUAAGUAGAAAUGCAUGUUCAGCAGUACCUAAGCAGUUGCAUAAAUGUCAUGUUUGUAACCACAUCUUCCAAUUUAAACACCAUCUUCAGGACCAUAUGAACACUCACACAAACAAACGGCCCUACAGCUGUCGAAUAUGCCGCAAAGCGUAUAUUCAUUCUGGAAGCCUCAGCACGCAUAUGAAACUUCAUCACAAUGAAGGCAAACCCCAAAAGCUUGUGUGCUGUGAAUUUUGUGCUAAAGUUUUUGGCCACGCAAAAGUGUAUUUUGGCCACCUCAGAGAAGUCCACAGGGUUGUUAUCAGCACAGAGCCCUCUACUAGCGAGCAACAGCUGCAAGAUGCUUUGAAAAAGAGAGACACGAAUAUAAAAGAGGCAGAAGAAGCAACAGAGAGGGGAAAUAAGUGCAAUUUUGAGGACCUAUUCCAUAACCCAGGAGAAGUGAAAUUACAGGUCAGAUGUGGUCGAUGCCAGUUUAUUGCGCAGUCUUUUGGUGAAAUGAAAUUUCACUUAUUGUGCUCUCAUGGAGAAGAGAUCCAGGGAAGAGUAAAGGAAGGGGGUUUGCAAGGAAAUAGAGGAGCUAAGGGGGAACUGAUCAAACAUGCAACCCACUUCUGGAAACAGCACAAUGAGAGAAGACAUAUAGCAAAAUGCAGUGCCCGUGAGGAGGAUGUUUAUACUUUUCCAAAACUGAAAAGGCAGAUCUACUUGCACCAUCAAAAUAAUGUUGAUACAUCAUCUAAAAGCGAACUGACUCAGUCAGGAAGCGGUGAAGCAGCCAAGGAGAUGCAAAAUGUAGGUUUUGGUACACCUAGCAGAAAGGCAGAAAUUUGCUCUAAAAUGACCUAUAACUGCAUUUUAUGCAAACAGUUGUUUGGAAGAAAAGAGGAUCUUUGUAAUCAUUGGCAGAGUCAUCAUAACUGUGAAGACCCUUCCGCUUUAUGGGCAAUUUUUAGUUUGUUAUCAAAACAAGGAAUUAUUGAACUUUCUAACAGUGGUGAAUAUUGAAGCUCAAUUCUACAAUGCUAUGAAAAACAUCAACUGCCUUACCGAACUGUUUAUGUUUUUUUGUUGUGUUGCUAAACUAAUUCAAGAGAUGUAUCACUUCAAAGGUUUGUUUGGUGGGUUCGUUGGGGGGAUUUUUUUAACUUAUGCUAACCUUUAUUUUGUUAAAUCAAAAAUGUAUUUAUCCAGGAUCAUUCCCAAUGGGUACCUGCAAGCCAUUUGUGAAACACCAUACUUAAAAUUCAUGCGUAAGGAACUUAGCAGCAGCACAUAGUCAGAACUAAUGGUUAACAUCAAGGAAAAAGAUUUUCCAGUUAAAUUUUUCUAUACACACAGAAAUAAAUCAGUUUAUAUAAAGUAAUCUUAGUCUUGAAUGAAAUGACAAAUCAGACUGGAAGUGCAGUUUCUGUGCUUCUAGAUUUUAUGGUAAAUAUAUAAAUAUUUUCAUGCAGUUCUCUGGAUCAUUUGAAUGUGCCUACAUGCAGCCGGCAGUCAGGAGCUUUAUAAUCUAUAAUUUAAAAGCUUUUUAUUCAUGUUUUUUGAUUUUAGUAUUGUUAGCCGUGUUCAUUGCUUUCAGGUUUGUUAUUGGCAGGUCUUUUAGGUGUUAUAUUCUGUCCUGGUAAUAGCAAAGAUCUCUUGGAUUUCACUUUAAAGUGAAAAAUCUGCAUGUAUUUCUUUGCCUGUAGCUGUUUGGGUUGAAGAUAAGUUAGUUGCCACCUAUGAAGAGGGAACCCUCAAAGCUUGACUGCUUUAUGAAAAAAAAUAGAAGUUUGUUUUAAAAAUAGUCAUCUGAGUUGGUUACUCUUGGGAAGUUUGACAUUCUGCAAUAGACUGCAUGUUUCACAGUGAACUUUCAGCAUAUUCCUUAUAGCUUCUGUGACAGCAGUACUACUGUUGCCAACACUGUUAGCACUCUGCCUUAACACUCUUGGUAUGUAGCUUUUGUACCUGUGCAGUUGACCCAGUCUGUGGCUUUAAAUGGAAAUAGUUCUUUCACUUCUUGAGUCUAUGGUACAGGUAAUGAGUUGGUUUUCACUUGUGUUGCCAGAUUUGCAACUAGAGGAAUUGCAUGCAGCACCCUAACCUUCCAGUAUCAGGAGCCAGAAGCAGUUACCUUACCAGGAUGCAAAGCUGUAGCAGCCCCUAGUGCAGACACAUUCUGUGUCGCCCUGCUACUGAGCAGACAUAGUAGAUGACCAUUUCAGCACAUCUCCAAGGGGGCAAGGCAGUUCAGGCUGUGAGGAGAUGGAGUUCUAGAGCUUUGAUGAGAAGGUCAUUGAAGCCUCAAAUCUAGUUUGAAAUUGGUAUUUAAACUGCUGUUACUUAAAGCCUUAUGUAGCUCUGAAUUAUUUUGGGAGCAAUAGUGGAGGCAGCAUAAGAAAUCACUUAUGAUAAGAAAUCACUGUUCAACAGACGUCAGAGCACAUCAGAGGGCAAAAUGAAAAAUACAGCAAUAUUGUCUCUACAGUACUACUCUAUUCAUUUAUCCUUGUGGUCAAACUGUAAUUGAGGGAUUGCUAUGAUGAGUCAUUCCUAAAAUGUCAUGGGUCACCUCUCACUGUUUUGCAAAAACUGUGGUGAUGAGAACAUGAGAAGAGAUCUUAAAAUGUUGGGGUUUCUGAGUGGGAUUCCAAAAGCUGUUGCAAUAGUUUGUGUAUGUGUUUUGUUUUUAAACAGUAAAGGCAAUUUUGAUGAGAUAAUAGUUCUGAAUGUAAUUUCUUGUUGUAUGGUGCUUUGCCCUGGAUAUGAACUUUAAGACUGGAGCCAAGAAAAAUGAAAGCGAAAAGGAAAAUGCUUUUUUCUGCACAGGUGCUUAGUAAGGUGGAAGAAUCCCUGUGGAAUUUCAAAACUUCCUUCCUACUAUCUGUUGCUAUAAAUACAUAUUUGUGGUUGUUUCUUUGUUUUCAUAUACUACUUUUGCAUGCUGAACUACUUUAAAAUUACUACUCGUUCUUAUUCUUGACACACCCAUCUUUUAAUGCCUAUAGUAUAUUCAUAUUUCUUUCACUAGGGAGAUGGAGGAGAACAUGUGGCAUAUUUGGAAAGGAAUAGCUAAUUUUAAAGUCAGUGUUUCGUAUCAAACUGAGACUAUAUUUAACUUAGUAAAGUGUGUUUGCACUAAGAAGUGGUUUUCCCCUCCAAGUUAAUCCGUUAACUUUCAAAAUCAAACAGCUUGGUGUUUUCCCUGAAACAGGAAUGUGAGAACAAUCCCUUCCUCACAUAGUUAUAAUACAUCAAAGGGAAGUUCAUUCCCAGCAUAAAGCAUGCAUUUUAAGAGUUGGGCAGAAAACAUUAAAAAUGUUUGUUGAUGUUAUGGACAUUAUUUAUAACCAACACCACAUCACCUCUCUUGUAAAAUCCCCCAUCCCUUGGUGUAGUUUAAAAUGAGCUGCAAUGAAUGCAGCUCCAAGACAGAGUCCCUCCUGUUCAGGAUCAGCACGAAUCAUGGCAGAGUUGUUCUUCAAAAUUACUUUCAGAAAGUAUUUGUUAAAGAUGGUGGUGCGUAAGAGCCAGUGGUGUAGGUGAGUUGUUUGGUGGUGGUUCUCAGGCAAGAAGAGGCACUCCCUUUCGUUUCAUGUAAAAGGAGGGGGAGGUGAGGUGAUGAGGGGAGGAAGGAGGUUUGGCACAAGGGAGUGGGUUGCAUUUUUCUCUUUAAUGGAAAUUUUCACGUACAGUCUUUUCAUCAUAUUUUUGUGCUUCUCUCCCUUUUUGUAGUCCAGGCCAAAUGGGUAAAGGGAUCUCAGCUUUCAGCAGUUUAAAGCCUGAAAACAUGUUUUAAAGCAUGGUUCUAAGCCACUUCUCAGUGUCCUCAUAAAUGUUUAAAAUUAGAAGCCUUUUUUCUGAGCCUGAAAGCAUUCUUAUGUUUCAGGCUAUUAUGGUUAUGGUAGAUUAUGAAAGGUUGGAAUUUUUGAAAAUAGCUUUGCAUUAAAUACAGAUGUGUCCUUUGUUUAAAAUGUAUUUGUUUUGCAUUUAUGUUCAUUUUGAUAACAUUUGGAGGUAUUAAGUGAACCUUAUUUACAGCAACAUUAAAUACUGCUUGUUUGCUGUUCAGCGGAAGGGUUGUUAGGAAUACAGCUUGCUGUUUACCUUGAAGCUGGACAAGUUAACAUCUGGUUUUGCACAUAAAUUAUAUUUUUAAAUUGUUAAAACGAAUGUUAUGGUUUUUCUAGCUGUAGUUUUGUUCCCCUCUGAUUUUUCAUUAAAUCUCUGUUUCAGCUUCACUGUUCUACUUUAAAGCUGUUCCUCACAUGGAAAGUUGUUCCUUCAUCAUCACACCAUAAAUAAUCAAAGCUGGAGGAGUUCCAUUGCUUCUCUGGCUUGCAGAGUAUUGCCCUUCUCCAGCUGCAGAGCUACAGUUUCCUAUGGCUAACUUGACAUAGUUGCUGGCAGUAAAUGUUUUACUUCAUUUAUUUAUUAGAAUUUAGAUCUCUGGUGUUUAGCUCCAUCAGUUUCUGUCAUACCUCAUUAGAUACUUCUUUUAUCUGCUAUCCACUGAGCUCUCUUUAGAGAUAGUGUCAUAAGAAGGAUGAACAGGUAUUUAAGAGAGCAGAUUUCAACCCUAACUUUGUGCAGAUGAAGCUGACAUUUGAGAAUCAGCAGCUUAUCUAGGCUCAGCCAUGUAGUGUAUUAUAUUUCUACAACACAUCCACCUACAUGCGCAUCUGUUUUGGAACGAAAUACAUACUUCAAAUUCAGCUGUCAGUUAUUAUUAUCAAACCUGUACAAUGUGAGUUUGUGAUUAUUAUGCAUAAAGAUUAAAAUGCUAUUAACUGUA